GUGGCACCCGUGAUUGAUUUUCGUCGCGAAUUUACAGAAAUCCCAGCUGUUUCGUUGCAAUAGCUGCACUGCGCCUGCCUGAACUGAAUGCACCCCAGAUUCCCGGGCCUUCUAGCUCAUAAAACAUAUCAGUAUCAGUCGAUAUGUCGUCCAUCAUGGAUGAAAGGGUGACUGACGAGAUCGAGGCUCUAGAAGCAAUUCUAAUGGAUGAUGUGGUGAUAAAACGAGUGGGGGACGUUCCUCAGGUCAUCGAGACCGUCCUCCAUCCAUCAACGGGUGACGAUGUGGAGCAGCAGUACGUUUGUGUGACUCUUGUUGUGAAAUUGACGCCAGGAUACCCUGAUAGCAUUCCUGAGGUAACGCUUAGGAAUCCGCGAGGUCUCGAUGAUGAUAUUCUAGCCAACAUCAAUGUACAAAUAAGGGAGAAAAUAGCUGACUGUCUUGGAUCACCAGUGAUUUUUGAACUGAUUGAGCUCAUUCGAGAUUGUCUUACGGAGUGCAAUUUGCCAAGCGGUCAGUGCAUGAUCUGUCUCUUCGGGUUCUGUAAGGGAGACCAUUUCGUGAGGACCCAAUGCUAUCACUAUUUCCAUAGCCAUUGCUUGGCUCUUCAUCUGAUUUCUGGUCGGCGGUAUCAUGAGGAAGAGAUGGCAGUGCUGCCAGCCUGGCAGCAGGCUACCAAGGAUCCUUUUAAGGAGAUGUGCCCUGUAUGCCGCGUCACCCUGACCAAUAUCGACGUGGACGCGCUGGCCAAGGCCCCACCACCAAUGGCCUCCUUCACUGCACCACAAUUCCACUUAACCGAGGAGUUACGGGAACUACAACAUGAGAUGGCGAAGAUGAUGGCCUACCAGAUGGCCAAGGGCGGCAUCAUUGGGUGCAACGACCCCGGCCCGCCACCGCUCACCAUCACCACUCCUGAGGACAACGAGAAUAAUGUGAAUAACAGCGCUCCAGCAGCUACACCGGAGGUGGUGAAGGCUCCGAAUAACAACGCGAUCAAUUGCAACGCCCGUCAGUCCGGGAACUCCUCUAAUGAUAACUCCGCUCCCGGCUCGCCCGCCCGAUCUGCUUACCGCGGCCCCUACAGGGGCUUCAACCGACGCGGCAAGCCGGGACGGCGGGGACGCGGCGCUGCGCGGUGACCCCGCACCGCUAUACCGCAGCCAAACGCCGCAUAGCUGGCCCCCCUCCCCCGACGACCCCCGCGCACCUCACGCACUCUGGACUCUGUACCCAGCAUACUGAACCUCGGUAAUACAUCCCUGAACAUUCAAACACCACAUACCCGAGGUCAUAAAACACACACAGUUUUGCACGCAUCGCGCAAACUGUUAGUCAUACCAAUGGGUCGUAUUAUCAUUUAUACCAUGUUAUCGCUACCCUUAGUGACAAUGGUAAUCGAUUAUGUAACAAUUGUAAUCUACUAUACGACAAUGGUAAUCGAUUAUGUGAUAAUGGUCAGUGACUAUGUAUCAAUGGUAACCGACAAUGGUACUGCACUGGGGUCUGAACCACUUUGUCUGAAUACAGGGACUAAUUUGCUAAAACGGACUGAACCGAACCUUUCGAGACUGACGAUUUACCCUAGUUACUCCAUUCUAUUUAUAUUUUUGAAAGCGUUACAAGCGCUUCCUCCUGUGAUUCUUAACCAUAUCGAUUGGACCACACAACUCUAUUAUAUAUCCCGGCCAAUAUUUAACAAAUUAUUUUGCAAACUAAUUGUUUUGAUAUGUAUCGUGUGAUUAUGGGCCCUUUCAGGCUGUCUAUUCGCGAAGUAGGUCGUGAACAAUCCGAUGUAUGAAAUGUUACUCUUAGAAUUAUGGAUAAAAUCAACUGUUCAAGUAUGUCGGAUGUAUCACGACGUUAUGAUCCCUCCAACAACUCAAACGAAUGUUAUCACUGCCAUUGUGCCUAACACAAUUUUAAAGUUCCUCUUUCUAUCACUCAUUAAAACUUCGCGAUAUAGUACAACUGAAAGGAAGUCGCUCCUAAUUCAAUACCUACGUUAUAAGUUCUCACUAAGUACCUUCCAAACUUUCCCAAAUAUUUCUAUAAUUGCGUUUUUUUGUGUUAU